CGUACUUAGAAGGGUCUUUUGUGAAUGGCCAGUGAAUGACUUGGAUGUUGUUUCUGCUGUGGCUACGUUCAUUGGUUAAAGUCAAAGGAAUUGCUCAAAAAUGCCGAGUCAAGAGGUUGUAACUACAAAAGUAGUCGUGCACCCUUUAGUUUUAUUAAGUGUGGUGGAUCAUUUUAAUCGUAUGGGAAAAAUUGGCAAUCAGAAGAGAGUUGUUGGUGUUCUUUUGGGAUGUUGGAGGGCUAAAGGCGUUCUAGACGUGUCAAACAGUUUUGCAGUUCCUUUUGAUGAAGAUGAUAAGGACAAAAGUGUGUGGUUCCUUGAUCAUGAUUAUCUUGAAAACAUGUAUGGAAUGUUUAAAAAGGUCAACGCACGUGAAAAGGUAGUAGGAUGGUAUCAUACUGGGCCCAAAUUACAUCAAAAUGAUGUUGCGAUUAACGAAUUGAUCAGAAGAUAUUGUCCUAAUUCUGUUUUGGUCAUUAUAGACGCUAAACCCAAAGAUCUUGGUCUUCCAACAGAGGCGUAUCAAGCUGUUGAAGAAGUUCACGAUGAUGGUUCCCCGACAUCUAAAACCUUUGAACACAUUCCUAGUGAAAUAGGUGCAGAGGAAGCAGAAGAAGUAGGUGUAGAACAUUUACUAAGAGAUAUUAAGGACACCACAGUUGGUACCCUUAGUCAAAGAAUUACAAAUCAACUACUAGGUUUAAAAGGUCUUCAUGAACAAAUUAGAGAAAUUAGAGAUUAUUUGCUACAAGUUGGUAAUGGAAAAUUACCUAUUAAUCAUCAGAUUGUUUAUCAACUACAAGAUAUUUUUAAUUUACUGCCCGAUAUGACACAAAGUAGCUUUGUUGAUUCAUUAUACGUGAAAACAAAUGAUCAAAUGUUGGUUGUGUAUCUUGCUGCUCUUGUUAGAUCCAUAGUGGCUUUACACAAUUUGAUCAAUAAUAAACUAACCAAUCGCGAUGCUGAGAAAAAAGAAACAGAUAAGAAAGAAGCGAAAAAGGAUGAGAAGAAAGAAGAAGAAAAAAAGGACGAAAAAGAGAAAGCAAAAAAUAAAAGUCAGUGAAUGAAGUGAAACCAAGACUAAUUUGUGUGAUUGAGACUGUUAACAUUGCAGAAGUUCACAAACGUUGCAGAGUUUGUUUAUACAUGUACAGAUGUAUUUUGUGCUUACAAACGAUUGGUAUUUCAAAUUAACACCAAAAUAAAUCGAAUGUCCGAAUGUUAAA